GGCUGACCCAGCGUAGCGUAGGAUGGGUAAGUGUCACGUCUCCUAGCCAGACAAGAUAAGGAUACACCGACUGUCGCAGACACUCUCACUUCUCCAGCUCCCUGACUGCAGACACUCUCACCCACUCCAUGAACCGCUCCAUCCAUUCGUCCGUCCGUCCGUCCAUCCAUCCAUCCCCCCUUGCAUCAUGCUGACUAAAACAAGAGCCCGGGCUUCAUUCACAGAUAACUGACUGACUUGGCUGACUGACUGGUGGAUGAGACAGACAGACAGACAGGAUACCCACGGUGUCCUGCCGCCUCCGGUCGGUGCAGCACGGCCAAAACGAACGAGAGAUGUGUGUACACACGUACAUGUACGUACGUAUCCAAACAUACAUAGGUAUCAUAUACUGUACAGGUGGUCACAUCGCACGUGUGAAAAGUACACACCACACCCUCGACCAGCCGCGAUCUUCCCUGCCCGUCUGCCGCGGUGUCUGUCUUCUCUUCUGCCUUUCCGCUCCGUUGCAACAGGCGGCGUGAAUGCUGCCAGACACCACGGACGGCAUCGUGCAGCAUUGGCCCUGCCCACGGCAACGCAGCAGAAGGACACAGAGACACACAGCAGACAUCUGUAUGCACACACGAAACGGAAAAAGCAACUCCCCGACGGACAUCAACAACACUAAGGCAACCCAUGGUCGCUCGCUCACUGAUGUGUUCUACUGCUGACACAGGGAUGAAUCCCUCAAUCCAUCCACCCAUCAAUCUUCACUCGCACAUGCAUCCUGUCCCGUCAGUCAUGCCCGCACGGCAUUCUCAGGCAGAUUGGGAAGGGUCGACGUCGCCAACAGCGACCCACAACGCUGAACACACACUCACACAGAGAGGAAUCGAUCACAUCAGCCCCACCCAUACACCAACCACCCGCCCGCCACUUCUGUCACUCCUUCCUUCACCUGUUUGUUUUGUAUGGUCUUGAUGAGUCUGGUCUUGAGAGGGUACUUGGGCUCGCUGGUGUUGCGGUAGGUGUUGAGGUGAGGAUUGACAUUAAACAGGGGAUUGGUCACUGGCUGGUGGUACCCGAAGGGGUAGGUGGUGUAGGAGGGGUGGUGGGAUGAGAACCCGGACGAACCCGUCAUGCUCGAGCCGCCCGUGUUGCUGCUCGUGCGCCUGAUAGGUAGGUAGGGAGAGAGGGAGGGAAAGACACACGAGAGCGGCGUCGUGGAGACUCUCGUCGGUGUGUGUAUUCUUCUCUGCUCACUUUGAGUGGUGUCUGUCUCUGUGGUGUGAGUGGUGAGAGCCGUGGUGCCGCUUCGACGAACGGUCGCGCCGGCUCUUGCUGCUGGCAGGACAACAGCUGAAUGCACACCACACCGAUCAAGGAACGACACGUACGUCAGCUGAUGGACAUCACUGCCUGCGUGCACUUUGGUUGCUCACUAUGGGCAUGAGCAGUCUCUCCCUGGCCUCGCUGACGUGCACCUGACGAACACAGACACAAUCGAUGGCGGCAGAUCCUGGUGGGGGUAGAUGGUCUUGAUUUGCUCACAUGCAGAAGUAGAGUGAGGUGCCGACGACCAGUGUUGUAGGGAAGACGACAAAAGUGAGGAACACCAGCAGCCAAUCCUGGAAGGCUUGUGCUGCACACCACACAACACACGACUCACCAUACAUGCGCGCAAUCGGUGUGCGCCUUUGUGUCUUGUGCCUUACGUAUGACUUGAACGACGGCCACUCGUUUGGGGUCGAGGUCGAAUGCGUUGGCGUAGAGGCACAUGUCGAAGCUCCUCUUCUGCUGCAUCGGCAGGUCCUUGCUGAAGUGCCACACCAACUCCUCACCUGAAACACACACACACACACACACACACAGUGUCAGCGACAUCCUGCCGACCGUCUUUGUGUCGGUCGGUUACCGAACGGUGGGGCGACGGAGACGGUUGUCCCGUUAAUGUCCAUCGUGUCUGAUCAACACCAAGGCAUGCAGUACACGCGAGCCCAUUGCGCCCGCCUCCCUGAGUACCCUCCCUCACCGAAAGAAGGUUCGCGAUUGGCGGCAUUCCUUCGGUUCCUGCGCACCGGCCGCCCCCCUCCCUGCUGUGUCGGAUACAGCUCAAUGGCGUCCGCCAUGUCCCUCUCGCCACCACGGACUGCAGACCGACCCAGCUGCAGAAACGACAGACCGCCGAGGGUGCCCAGCAGAUCCGUGGUGGGACGCUGGCUGUUCGGUGAGGGAGAGACCUCAGAGGCCUCUUCUGCUGAUGGUGGUUGUGGUUGUGGUGGUGAUGGUGGUGGUUGUGGUUGUGAGACGUCGCGGGCCGUCUCCGUUCUAGUGAGUGCUCUGAGGGAUUGUGUCGAUGAAGAGAAGAUGUUGGCCAGAAGAGAUGGGAGGCGGGAGAGAGGGGUGGGGAAGGUCGGCGAUGAGGAGGGGUCGGCAUCGUCGAAGACGUCCUCGCCCUACAUGGUUGACAGAUGACACGACGGUUGACCUUGCACGCGUGAUGGUGGGAGGAUGUGUCGUGUGUAUCAUCACUCCACUCACCGUCUUCCACGUGACGGAUUCUGUCUUGUACGAUCCGCGACAGCCGACCUCGCUCGGCUUCACCGACACGAUAGUGUCUUUGGAGAAGCCAUCACCUUUACACAGACAAUCACAACACAACACGUCAGGUCGAACGAGGGCACGCGACGUGUCUGCAAAGUGCUGCACUCACCCUGCAGGACGAGAUCGAAGUGUACGUGCUGCAUCGGGUGGACGGAGAGGGACAUCUUGGAGCGAGCGUGCGCCCGCAAAUGCUGUCUGCACACACAUACCGACACGUAGACACACGCGUGACACACACGGCUGCUGCACACGUGAGUGUUGGUCUGAAGGUUGCUUACUCCUGCUGUUGUACGUGAGGCUUCAUGCACAGACCAUCGGCAGAGCGCCUGCACCCAUCUGCAGACAGCAGCCGGCAGCAGAAAAGAAAAAAAGGGUUCACCUGUGCAGUGCACAGGCAACGCUUUGCUCACCUGGAAUGUCGACGUCUCCCACGAACGUCCCCUCCGAUUUGGACCGGGCGCUCGGGUAGAGACACAGUGUGUAGGUCUUGCCCCACUCACUCGAACUCUCCUUGCCCAACUCAAACACUGAACAAACAUGCACAAUACGACACCAAUUGCCCGUGCGACUGAUCUCCCUACCCGCCUUUGCUCACGGAUGUGCUGCUCGUGGUGUUUGCGGCGCCUCAGGAUCUCGCCGGUGGCACCUGCAACACACACACACACACACACAGAGCAGCAGAGGUGCUGUCAACACAGCGUAGCAUGAUUGUGUGCCUGCCUCGCUGACCAGCGAUGCUGUUGUCGUAGGGUCUGGAUUCGCAUGACGCGUUGUUGGGCGCCCUCUCCUUGACACUCAGGUAGCUGUCCGGAUCAAACCCGCUCCCAACCAAUGUCACAUUCACCGACCAACCACGCAAACCUGACAACAGCAGACGACGCGCAGAGAGCAAUAUGCAGGAGUGCCAUGAAGUCUUCCGCCUCGUCGUCACUCACCGUCGGCCAGCGCUUCAUUUUCAAGCAUGCGGUGGACCGCAAACAGAGUCCUCGGCACCCUUAUGGAUGCCCGCUUCGUUUUCUUGCCCGACUCAAGUGCCCGCUUCGACUUGCCCUUGCCAGGCUUUUCGAUGCGGUUCCGCGCAUCGCGGCUUCGUAACGCAGCUGCCCAGCCGAUGAGCACCGCCGCGAUGGACGCCAAGAGGCCAGACGGAGCCAUCCGGAAUGGUGGAAUGAUCUCAGGGAAAACGAGCCGCGCAAUUCACAUGCUGCCAAUGCACUAAGACACAGCUGGAUCUACCCUUGGGGACCUUCCAACUUCGAGGCAGGCUCUUCAAACACCACAACCG